UUUGGAGCGGGGGACGACGCAUGUUGCUUCUCUGGAUCAAGUAGCCUAAACCAGGCAAAUGACAAGUUUAGAUCGUAUUUAAAUCCACACCCUGGAAACAAUGGAUACGAAGACUGUUUUCUCCCUAGUCUUCUUUGCCUGUUUAGCUGUGAAUAGAACUGUGGUUUCAGGGGCCCGUUCCUUCUCCAUAGACUACAAUAACAACUGCUUCCAGAAAGAUGGGAAGCCAUUCCAGUAUAUCUCCGGCAGUAUCCACUAUUCCCGCAUCCCCCAGUACUACUGGAGAGACAGACUGCUCAAGAUGUACAUGGCUGGACUCAACGCUGUACAGAUUUAUGUUCCCUGGAACUUCCAUGAGGAAAAGCAGGGUGUUUACAACUUCUCUGGGGAUCGAGACCUGGAGAACUUCCUGGAUCUGGCCAAUCAGACGGGCCUCCUGGUGAUCCUCCGCCCCGGACCCUACAUCUGUGCAGAGUGGGAGAUGGGUGGUUUACCUGCUUGGUUGCUCCAGAAACCAAACAUUGUACUUCGCUCAGCAGAUACAGACUACUUGGAGGCAGUGACCACCUGGAUGGCAGUGCUGCUACCCAAGAUGAGGAGAUGGCUGUAUACAAACGGAGGCAACAUCAUCACUGUGCAGGUAGAGAAUGAGUACGGGAGCUACUAUGUGUGUGACUAUAACUACAUGCGUCACCUGAGGACCCUGUUCCAGUUCUUCCUGGGGGAGAACACGGUUCUCUUCACGACCGACGGGAACACGGACCGGGAAAUGACCUGUGGGACCCUGGAGGGAAUGUACGCCACCAUAGACUUCGGGACAGACGUCAACAUAUCCCAAGCUUUCAGACGACAGCGGAGAUUCGAACCAAGAGGCCCUCUGGUGAACUCUGAGUUCUACACGGGGUGGCUGGACCACUGGGGGGAUAAGCAUGCUCAGGUGGACACCCAGAAGGUCAGCAGGAUGCUGGGAGAGAUGCUCAGUAUGGGGGCCAACGUCAACAUGUAUAUGUUUGAAGGAGGGACAAACUUUGGCUACUGGAAUGGAGCAGACCAUGACAACAGGUUUAGGUCGGUAGUGACCAGUUAUGACUACAACGCCCCUCUGUCUGAGGCAGGAGACUCUACAGAGAAACUACUAGGAAUACGGGACACCAUCAGCAAGUUCAGAGACAUCCCAGUGGGUCCCAUGCCCCCAGCCUCUCCCAAGAUGGCCUAUGGCUUUGUGACUCUGACAAUGGUAGGGAACCUCAGCAGCCUGUUGGACACGCUGUCGCCUCAGGGUCCCGUCCGAUCCCGGUACCCUCUGUCUUUUGAAGAGAUGAAGCAGUACUAUGGUUUCAUGCUGUAUCGGACCAAGCUGCCCAGGGACCUGCCAGAAGACACACCCCUCAUCUCUCCUCUGAAUGGGGUUCAUGACCGAGCAUAUGUCUCUGUCUGUGGGGUUUUCCAGGGGCUGCUGGAGAGAGACACGACUCUGGUGAUGAACGUAACAGGGAAGGAGGGGGACCAGAUCGAUGUUCUAGUGGAGAACAUGGGACGGGUCAACUUUGGCAGCAAGAUCAACGACUUCAAGGGCCUGUUGAGUAACCUGGUCCUGGGUGAAGAUGUGCUGACCGACUGGCAGAUCUACCCUCUGGACAUUGACGGAGCCAUCGCCUCCGGAUGGCCACAGUCAGGCCAGCGACGCUCCCCGCCCGGCCCAGUCAGAGGGCCCUCAGAUGGGCCAGUCUUCUACCAGGGCACCCUGCCUCCCAACGGUCUGGCCUGGGACACCUUUCUCCGGCUCAAUGAAUGGACCAAGGGCCAGGUGUGGAUCAACGGGAUGAACCUGGGAAGGUAUUGGCCUAAGAGAGGUCCCCAGCAGACCCUGUACGUCCCGGGGCCCCUGCUCAGCCCCACCCAGCCCAACAACAUCACAGUCCUGGAGCUAGAGAGGGCCCCUCCACACACCAGGGUCCUCUUUAUGGACCGGCCCCAGCUCGGCAGCACCGCUGGCAAGACAUGACACCACAGCUACAGAAGGUCAACAGGCAGAAGACAGCAGACACACACCAGGGUCUCCUUUUUUGCACCGCUGGCAAGACAUGACACCUCGGAUAAAUCAGCUUCUUCAUAGUUGACACAGCCAAUCCCAGCAAGGGAAACAUUCAACAGAGAUGACAGACAGCCAAUCAAUCCCUCCGAAUAAGUCUCUGUCCAACCAGCAUCAGCUAAUACUCGUCUAUCAAUCAAUGUAUUAGUAGUAUAUCCUGUAUCAAUCAAUUCAUUUCAGCAGACUUUUCUAGAGUGACUUACUUAGUCUAUAACAAAUGUAACAACUGCUGAGCCAGCCUUUCAGUUUCUGAACCCCUUUCUCUGCUACAUCUGCAGGAAGCAAAUAUGAUGAUCUGUUUUUAAGGAAACAUAAGGUUUGGUUUUCAGUGUUAAGCUCAUUAAUAAAUAGAUGACAGUUAUGGUAAUCAUUGUUUUGACAUGAUUUAAUAACAUGAGAUGCUGUAAAUAUGAUGCUUCUGUCAAAUGCUGCCUCUGUUUGCACUUUACUAGAUACCUUUUUAAUAAAUCAUUUUCUUAAAAAACGUAGUGUGUCCACUGUACAUUAAUAAACAGCAUUUCAUCACAUGUACA